GAACGUCCGAAGCGUUUGGACCGGACCCACGUAGACAUCCAUUCCGGAGAGAGCAGGGCGCUUAUCAGCGGAGUGGGGAGAUAUUUAUUUAUUAUGGAGCGCUCGAGCACGCAAUUCGAUAAAUACACGAAAAUAUGGAGUGGACCGAGGCCGCAGAGCUUCUUCGAUGCGGAUUGUUCGAUUGGUAAAAUACUGUUUGCGUUUAUGCGAAAUCAUCCGUCGAAUUUGUGCCAGAUCUCCGAUACAGAAGGCACUGCCCUGACCAAUGGAGAGGCCAUCACCUUUGCCAUUCGGAUCGCCCAGCAGCUGAAGGCCCUGGGCCUCAAGCAGGACGAUGUGGUGGGCAUUGCCGGCACAAAUACCACGUAUCUGAUGCCUGUGGUCCUGGGCUGCCUGCUGAAUGGCACGCCCUUUCAUGCGGUGAGUCCUUGGCACGACGAGGACACUCUGAAGCACUUGUUCUCCAUCACGCGACCGAGAAUCAUCUUCUGCGAUGGUCUCGUGUAUCCGCGGAUCAGCAUCAUUUCGAGGAUGUUCAAGAGUCAUGUCUACACGCUGAAAGAUCACCGUCUGGGCAUCCCGCGAGUGGAGGAUCUGCUGGAACCCACCAAAGCAGAGCUUUAUUAUGUCCCCGAACCUCUCCUCUUGGGCGGCGAUCAGACGGUGGCCAUACUGUGCACCUCGGGCACCACAGGACUCCCCAAGGCCGUGACAAUAACCAAUGCGGCUUGUCUUUUUGAUUUUGGCUUCGUCACGGGCCAGGACGUUCUGCUGUCUUUCAGCACGAUCGAUUGGUCCGCCGGCAUGUUCCAGAUGCUCUUCAGUGCCUGCCAUGGCUCGACGCGCAUCAUCACGGAUCGCGCCUACACGCCCGAAUAUCUCCUGCAAUUGGUCGAAAAGUACAAGGUCACGCUCCUCACACUGGUGCCCCAGCAGGUGGCGUCUCUCAUCAAGGCCCCAACGCUGAGCAAACAGCGACUGGCGACCAUUCGAUUCAUCAGCAUUGGCGGCGGCAGUUGCUAUGUGGCGAAUGUUCUUAAGAUGCAGGAGUAUCUCCUCAAUGGACAGAUUUCGUAUGGCUAUGCUCUCACCGAAACCGGGGGCGUUUCGGCCAACAUGGGCGUGUCAAAGCCCUCAUCUGUGGGCAGAAUUGUCCCAGGCGUGAGGGUGAAGAUACUGGACGAUGCCGGCCGCAGUUUGGGGCACGGCGAAACCGGUGAGAUCCUCCUGCACAAUGGCAAGCAGUGGAACGGCUACUACGGCAACCCCAACGAAUCGAAGCGGAUCCAGGACUAUCAGGGCUGGUUCCACACCGGCGACAUGGGCUACUUCGACGAUGAGAACUACCUGCACAUCGUGGAGCGCAAGAACGAGAUGCUACGCUUCCAUGGGGCCCAGUACUGCCCCCACGAGCUGGAGCAGGUGAUUGCCGAGCUGCCGGACGUGAUCGAGGCCUGUGUUUUCGGCCUGUGGAACGAUGUGGAUGGCGAUCCAGCGGCCGCAGCUGUCGUCAAGAUCCCCGGCAGUCGAUUGACUGAAAUGGACAUUGUCGAGUAUGUGGCCAAGCGUCUGGUGGUCACCCACAAGCAGCUUCACUGUGGCGUCUUCUUCCUCCCGGAACUCCCAAAGACGGGCAGUGGCAAGGUGCUGCGGCAGCAGGCACGCGAUCAGGCUCUGGGGAAAAAGUGGUCCGACUAUGGCAAUGGCCACUAAAUCCCUGCAACUAGCUUUAGAGGUUCUUUUAGGCUUAAACGAUGACUCACACAGUCAGUAUUCCACGCGGGCAAAAGAUACAACAACAAAAUAAAUUCCAAACAAAA